UUUUAUAAUUUUCAUGUACUUGAGCCAGUUUUGCAGGAGAAUUCGAAUAGCGUUAAUGGCCUCUUCUAAAAUGCUCUGAUCUGUAACACUACACUCCUCCUCUCUCACUUACAGAGAAGAAUAUUUGCCUUUCCCCCCUCGUUUUCUUGAUUUUAUGUUUCCAUUUUUGAAUUUAAUUAGAAAAAACAUUAAUUUUCAUUUAAAUUUUUAUUAUUUUUAGAAUAUUUGCUGGAUUUCUUAUUUUUCGAGUCCCUCUCGUCACACCCUUCCUCCUCUUUUCCUACGGGGGUCGCGUAGAGCCGAUCCUUCUUUUCUCUUUCAAUGUUCUUCUUCUUCUUCUUCUUCCAACUGUCGAUCCGUGUUGAACCUGCGUUCGUGUAGACAAACAGAAAAGAGAACGAGGGGAUAUAUCUUCUCUUUUUAUUUAUAGACGAAAGAAGCCUCUCGAUCUUCCGCCAUUGAAGCCGUUUUCUUGCUCCGAUCGCGAAUCUGAUCAUUAGAUUCGAACUUUAUAACUUGUCUUCGAGACAUUUUUCUGCUUUAGAUUGGAGAAAACUGGUUAGGCGAUUGGACUUCUAGAGAAAUAUUGGUCUCGAUUCUGCUUCGCGGUUUGUUUCGUUUGAAAAUUUUCAGUGGUCUUUUCUUUUUUAUUUUGCUGUAAAUAGAGGACUUCGAUUGAAGAAACAAGGACGAGGAGGUUGCCUUUUGGAGGCGAUUGGGGGAUUUAAUUUUCAAUUUCUGAAGGACCGGUUUCUGUGCAGUCGUUGAUGAGUUACUUCUGAUAUUGUUUUUAAUGAUGUCGACCUUAAUCCUCUGGUUGUGAAGUAAUAUGGAACUGAUUGCAAGAUACAAAAAUGACGCUUUAUAUUGCUCCCGAGGCUUCAAAGCUAUGGAGAAGAUUUUAUGCGGAAUUGUUGAUAGAGAUCAAAAUUCUUGCAGAGAAGUGGAAGCUUCUUCUUGCUGGAUUGAUUUUUCAGUACAUUCAUGGGUUGGCUGCACGAGGAGUUCAUUACUUACAUCGACCAGGACCAAUGCUUCAGGAUGUUGGGUUCUUUCUUCUACCGGAGCUUGGGCAAGAUAAAGCUUACAUCAGUGAAGUUUUUUUCUCCUUCAUCUUCUUAUCCUUCUUCUUGUGGAGUUUUCACCCUUUCGCUUGUCACAGUAAGAAGAUAUAUACAGUUCUAAUAUGGCGAAGGGUUCUAGCAUUCCUAGUUGCUUCUCAAAUUCUCCGUAUCAUUACAUUUUAUUCAACACAGCUUCCUGGACCAAACUACCACUGUCGUGAGGGUUCGAAGCUUGCCAGGCUACCUCAUCCAGACAGUGUACUUGAAGUGUUAUUAAUUAACUUCCCUCAUGGUGUAAUAUAUGGUUGUGGUGAUUUGAUUUUUUCAUCUCAUAUGAUCUUUACUCUAGUUUUCGUGCUCACAUAUCAGAAAUAUGGCACACGAAGGUGCAUCAAGCAACUUGCUUGGUUAUUUGCUGUUGUUCAGAGCCUCCUUAUUAUAGCAUCCCGCAAGCAUUACACAGUUGAUGUUGUUGUUGCAUGGUAUACGGUAAAUUUGGUGGUAUUCUUUGUGGAUAAGAAGUUGCCAGAACUCCCUGACCGUAGCAAUGGAACCUCAUCCCCGUUGCUUCCAUUGAGUACCAAAGACAAAGACGAACACCACAAACUCCUGAAUGGCAAUUCUGGGGACACCGCAGACUGGAGAGCACAAGUCAAUGGCAAGAUUCUAGAAAAUGGAAAUAUGGUCCAUGCUGAAACAGUGACAAAUGGCACGUAGAUGUUGUUAGGCACUAGGCACUGAGAUUAGUUGCAAGUAACACUGCAGUUACGAGUGUUACAAUGGACGCUGCUUUUUAAACCCAUACGACCUUGACUAGCUCAGCUCAACUGUGUGGUUGUGGUUGGGCCAGUGACAGACAUUGUGUAAACCUGAUCGGUAUUCUUGAAUUGAUGGAAGUUUAUGGGUUUUUGUUUUUCUAACAGUUUUGCUCCUUUUAUGGCUAAUUCCAUCCAUUGUCACCAUGUAAACAUGGAGUUCCAUAUGUUUCUAAUUGCAUCAUUUCACCAAGCAAAUAGGGUGCAUCUGCAUCAAUCUGUUAUCCGUUGAA